CUCACUAACAGGUGUUUCACGCACAUGGUCGCGUGCUGUGUGCUGUGACUACUUCGUAGGAUGCUUCAAGACGUCUAUUGGAUCUUCGAGGGGACAUAUUCUUCGUUAUUAACCGAAAUAGCCAGAUAGAAGACAGAUUGAAGACAGAUGCUGUAAGACGGCAGCUGACUUGGACGUCGAUCCAUUCAAAGACUCUCAUUCUGAAGAAAAAUGCAACGAGAUGCGUGUUCCAUUACCUGCGUAACUGUGUUUUGUCUCAUAAAUAUAUAUUAAUUGUAACUCUGCGCGUGGAUCUGUCAUUCUGACUAACGAACAAUGGCGGUGACUUGUGUAUGAAGACUUGGAUGUGAACUGUCAAGUCGUAGGUUUCCUAAAUUUUGUUCUGGGGAGGUGGGGAAAAGAAUUCUGUCCUGUGAAAGUUUUGGGUGUCAUAUCGUCAAACUGGCCAUGGCUGCGGCGAUCGCUAGCUCCCUUAUUCGGCAGAAGAGGCAGGCGAGGGAGCGUGAGAAAUCAAACGCCUGCCGCUGCGUGAGCAGUCCCAAUAAAACCAAGGGACCAUGCGAGAAACCCAGUCGACUGAGUGUUUUCUCCCGAGUCAAGCUUUUCAGCUCCAAGAAGCGUAGGAGACGACGACCAGAGCCUCAGCUAAAGGGGAUCGUUACAAAGCUGUACAGUCGACAGGGCUUUCAUUUGCAGCUCCAAGCAGAUGGAACCAUCGAUGGCACUAAAGAGGAGGACAGUGGUUUCACCAUGUUUAACCUCAUCCCAGUGGGCCUGCGAGUGGUGGCCAUCCAGGGAGUUCAGACCAAACUCUAUCUGGCCAUGAACAGCGAGGGCUACCUGUAUACAUCAGAACACUUCACACCAGAGUGCAAGUUUAAGGAAUCAGUGUUUGAGAAUUACUACGUGACAUACUCCUCCAUGAUCUAUAGACAGCAGCAGUCGGGCAGGGGCUGGUACCUGGGCCUAAACAAGGAAGGAGAGAUCAUGAAGGGCAACCAUGUGAAGAAGAAUAAGCCAGCCGCACACUUCCUUCCCAAGCCAUUGAAAGUGGCCAUGUACAGAGAGCCCUCUCUGCAUGACCUGACUGAGUUCUCACGUUCUGGCAGCGGCACACCCACAAAGAGCCGGAGUGCCUCAGCUGUGUUGAAUGGAGGCAAAGCUGUGAGUCAGCACGAGUCUACGUAGCCCGGUUCUCCUGGCCCGACCCGCUACCUUACGCCUUCACCAAAACCUCUGAAUGCUUGUGACUUCACACAGACUUCGCCCUUCUCAGCGGUUCAGGACAACACAACAUGAAACACCACAUUACCAAGCUACAUUUUCCAAACUAGAGAAACGUUUGAUUGGCCUUCAUCAAAUUCAGCUCAUCUUUUUCAUUUGGAUUUUCAUUUAUAGACAUUUCUUUCACCACUAUCAUUGCAUUUGCAUACAAAACACAAAAAUUGUAGCCUUUAAUAUGAUGGGACAUUCAUUUUUAUUCACUCUCAGCCACUGGCACUAAAACGAAGUUAGCUUUACCUUCACUUCUCAUCAAGGUUCAUUUACUAGCAUCAUAUGUUCUGAUCAAGUAAUACAUUUGUUAAGCGUUCAGGGCAGUAAGUGAGGGUUUAGCUGCUUUGGUGGAUGUGGUGGAAAAAAGGCACCCCUGUCCUCUAUGCUUCCUGAGUGUGAAGUGAUAGAGAAGCCCCCUUCUCCUGUGUGGGGCAGGAGCUAGCUCUCCUGCAUUCUAGUGCACUCGCUCGGAGGGUUCACUCUCUAGCAUGGGAAUAUAAAGCCUGCAUUCUGUUCACAUGAAGAGAAGAGAAGAGUUGAGUCUCUCAAAGCUGAGAGGUCAUGACUCCGCCUUGCUUGCUAAUUGUUUGAAUUAGCUGUAAGCCUUUCUUACUUUUUCUCCCUCUUGUUCUUCCCUCAAAUAGGUGUUAAUUAAAAAAAAAAAAAAUUAUAAUAAUAAUUUUGAGGUUAAAAUAGUGUCUGGGAGAUCCAGCACAUCAAAGGGAGGGGGAGGGGUUGGGGGUUCAUUUUUUAAGAAAAUGCUUUGACUGGAGCGCUUUUUAACAUGUGAUUUGAAAGUUCUGUUCAGUUCAGUCUCCCCUUUUGUCUCUUUUGUGUCCUGUUGUCUCUUUCUAAGUUCCUUUAAUCUGUGUGCUUGUGUUUUUGCCUUACCUGUCUGUGUCUACUCUCCUUUGGUCAAUGCUGGUCACCAUUACUUGUGAUUUUGUGAGACAUGGCGGGAUUCCCAUGGGGAGUCUUUUUUGUGUAUGUAACUUAUGAUGGUGACAAUUUUAUAUAUAAACAUGCAAACAAAAAAAUGUACUGUGGAAUUUCAGUUGGUUUAAUUUCUUUAGGGUAUGUCUUGUUUGUAAAAGUGAAAAAAAAAAAUCUUCUUGUACAGGGCAUGUACAAAUCAGGUUGUGUAUAAUAAGGUCCCUUUUUGUGGGCGGCGGUAUGUAUACUUUCCCUCUGGUAACAUAACUUCAUAUAUGCUACAGGGGGCUCUUCUCUUUUCUGUUUACUUCUGGAUUUUCUUAUUUUAGGUGAACAUACAAUAUCUGUUGCAUGGGAGACUGCAGGGAGGUGAGGAAUAGAGCUGCAUGAUAUAGGCUAUGUGUAUUAAAUUCCUCAUUGGAUCAUGUGUUCCAAAUCACAAGGAUUAAACUGAAAAACAACAUGUAUGAACUGUCUGGCACUCUGCCUGGUACCUUCAAGUUGUUUCUUAUUUAUUGUGUACAUAAA